CUGGGACAAGCUACUGACAAUCAUGGCCGUUCGUCUGGCUGAGCCCAUAAACUAUUCGCUCAUUCUGCCGUUUGUUUACAAGGUAAAUAGUGACUAAUGCUCGAAAGUAUUGCAAACGCGCAGCAAAAGGGGUGCAUCAUGUGAGCGGAGCCUUCAUGACAUGCAUAGAUUAAAUGAGCUCCAUCGUAGAUGGUCGAAGAUUUCGGCGUUGCAAAGAGCCCGAAAGACAUCGCAUUUUACGCUGGCAUCCUGAGCUCGUCGUUCUCCAUCUGCCAGACCACGACUGUAAUGUUCUGGGGCCAGCUGUCUGACCGCAUUGGCCGCCGCCCAGUGCUUCUGAUAGGGCUGGUUGGCAACUUCGUCACGUUUCUGAUGUUUGGGUUCGCCCGCAGCUAUACCUGGGCGCUCAUUGCGCGGUCGCUCAACGGCUUGCUCAGCGGGAAUGUCGCCGUGUCGAAAUCCGUGGUGGCUGAAAUCUCUGACAACACCAACCGUAGUCGGUGCAUGGCUAUUUUGCCGCUGCUGUGGAAUGUCGGGUGUGUCGGUGGUGCUGCCAUCGGCGGGCUGCUGGCAGAUCCUGUGAACCAGUACCCGAAUCUGUUUGGCAGCAUACGCAUUUUCCAUGAGCUGCCAUUCUUGCUGCCGUGCUUGGUCGGCUCUAUGGUCACGUUAUUUGGGAUUGUUUAUGGCUUCGUCAUGCUGGAGGAGACGCUUGCCACCAAGAAGGCACGGAGAUAUACUCAUGGCGACCUGCGACCACCAGUGAAGGCUGGAUUGGCGGACGAGACCACGCCGCUUGUCAGUUCUGAAACCGCCCAGGCUGCUGAUGAGCCGGCAGCUGCCUACAAGCGCCGCACACUGCGCGACUUGCUGACGCCGACUGUUGUUACGGUCAUGGUUACCAACAUGCUGAUGUGUCUGGGCAUUGCCUGCUGCGACCAAAUAUACCCGAUAUUUGCAGCCACCAAGACAUCGGAUGGCGGCCUGGGAUUCGACUCUCGCAACAUUGGCAUCUCGCUGGCCAUCUCGGGUGUCGUUGUCUUGUACCUGCAACUGAUCAUGUAUCCGCGCCUUGAGCGCAAGUUUGGUGCUCUGUACUGUUACCAGCAAGGCCAAAAGGUCAUGAUCCCAAUGUACCUUGCUAUGCCAUGCCUUUCGUGGAUAGCUGCGCGGUCUGGGCAAGCUGUCGAGCAUGCAGUUGGCACCGACCAGCCAGUAAUAUUCACUCCAGCAUAUGCCAUGCUCUGGAUACUCUUGUUGGCAAACUUGUUCUUGCGUGUCAUCGGCAACGUCCUGUUCUUCACCAGCGUCAAUCUUUUGUCGGCCAACCUGGCUCCGACCACCGCCGAUCUGGGACUGAUGAACGGUGCUCAGCAGCUGGCCAUGUCAGUCACUCGAGUUAUUGGCCCUGUCAUGGCUGGGUAUAUCUGGAGCUGGUCGAUCAAGCACGAUUUGCCAUAUCCGUUCAACGCGCAUUUGGUCUGGGUUAUCUGUGCUCUGCUGACGGCUGUUUCGCUGUACAUGACAUAUGACAUCCCCGAAUCGGUCAACAAGUUUGCUGCAAUCGAAGUCGACGAGUAUGGCCGCCCGCUGAGCGAGCAGGAUCGUACAGAGUAGUCGUUUUAUAGUAUUAGUGCAAGAAGAUUGCAAUAAACAAACCAAUGCACAGCUAUGCCUGCCAUUCGCACUC